AUGAAAAACUUUGUUUUAUGUGUUGCAAUGGUGCUGCUGCAAUUGUCAUAUGCUGCAUCAGUCAUCCUCGUUAAAAUUGCCUUCGCGAGGGGCCUCAAUCAAUUUGUCUUUGUAGCCUAUCGACAUACAAUUGCCAUGUUUUUAUUAGGCCCCUUUGCUUAUGUACUCGAAAGGAAACGGCGCCCUUCACUUUCAUAUGGAGUGUUUGCAAAAAUAUUUUUGCUCUCAUCACUAGGGACUACCAUUUACUUUAAUGUUUUCUAUUUCGGUUUAGCAUAUACUUCUCCAACCGUAGCCUCUUCCUUGAACAAUGUUAUCCCUAGUUUGACAUUUCUCAUGGCAGUUCUUCUCAGGAUGGAAAAGGUGAAGAUUAGAAGUGCUAGUGGUCAAGCAAAAGUACUUGGAACAAUUAUCUGCAUUGGUGGAUCACUUGUUUUUACCUUCUGGAGAGGAGGGUAUCAGUUGAAAAGCUUUGUAGACGGGCCUCUGAUAAACAUCUAUAGUACCGAGCUGGGUUCUGUUGGAGAGUUAAGGCACGGCCAAGAAAACUGGCUCAAAGGCUCUUGUCUUAUUCUCAUUAGCACCAUUGCAUGGAGUGGAUGGCUGGUUCUCCAGGGAAUAAUAUCCAAAGUUUACCCAGCUCAACUGUCACUGAAUGCUUUGAUUUGCUUCAUUGCAUCAUUGCAAUCUUGUUUGCUUGCGCUGUUCUUUGCUCGAGAUCCUCUUUUGUGGAAGCUGGAGUGGAAUGUGCAGCUUUUAACCAUUAUCUACUGUGGAAUUGUGGGCACAGCGCUAUCCAACUUCACACAAACAUGGUGUAUCAGCUACAAGGGACCAAUUUUUGCUUCAACGUUCACUCCACUGUGCGCUGUCAUUGUAGCAAUAUUUUCUGCAGUUGCUUUUGCAGAGAGACUUCACUUGGGCAGCUUGGUGGGAGCAUGUCUUAUCAUCGUGGGUCUCUACAUUGUACUUUGGGGCAAGAGGACAGACAAUUUUGUGACUGGAAAUGGGAAGGAUAAUGAUGGUAUACUGCUGGGGAUUUCUGGAACAACAACUGAUGAUAAAUCCAUCUCAAGACCAGCACAAGUGAAGCAAAAUGCUGAGAGAAAUUAA